AUGCAGGGUUUCUAUGCGUCCUUGUUGAACAUAUUUCAUUUUAUUUAUGCCGUCAUACUUUUAAUACGUUCGUUCUGGCAACGAAAUUCUGCUCCUCCCCCAUUGCCACUGCGAGCAUCACGUCCACGUAUACCAAAACACCUGGCCAUUGUCUUCAAUGUCGAUCCCACCGUUUCAGACGCGGCAGCUCAGGAACUCUUGACAGAGAGUGUGGUUGAUUCCGUGUCCUGGUGUCGAUCGGUGGGGAUUCAUAAAUUGACAGUGUAUGAAGAGAAUGAGUUGCUGUAUAAGUGCAUCCCAAACAUUCGUAGACGACUCCCUCUUCAUGGCCAAGAGUCCGAAUCCAGUGAUUCCGAAACGGAGUACCCUAUUACACCACCGGCAUCGGAAUAUUCAGAAUCACGUCCUCUCUCUCCUGAUACAGCUCAAGGACGCAAUCCCCCAAUUACCACCAUCCUAGUUUCCGACCCCAUCCCCCGAAGAGAACGCCAAAUGCAUAAAAAGCUCCAAAGGCGCCACCAAAGUAAAAUAGCUGAUGAAAUUUCGGCACGCGCAAACCUACUUCUCUGCUUUGCGUCUUGGAGGUGUUCGAAACCUGCUAUUGCCACUGCUGCCCAAGAACUUGCUCGAAAACACUCACAGAAAACUCGCAAGGGUUUCCGCUCUCGUGUUCGUGAUGCAUACAGGCUAUCGGUGGACGAGUUGAAUCAAAUUCUAGAAGGUAAGGAUGACGGUCUUUCCUCUCCCGAUUUCAUGAUUAUACACCCAAUUGAAUCUUCGAGCAAUAUUUUGGCACCGCCUGAGCUCCAUGGAUUUCCCCCAUGGCAUAUCAGGCUUACCGAAAUCUAUCAAAACAAACCGCCAAAAUCAAGACUACAAAGGAUCUUUCGCGGCAAGUGGGCUCAUCUGCCUACCGCGCUAGACGAAACGUCUUUUAGGUCCGCAUUGGACGAGUUUACAUCAGCUGAAAUGCGCUUCGGCAAAUAG